GUUUGAUUUUGAUGCAUGAUUGGUGAAGACCCUCAUUCUAAUUGAAUGAAAAGAAGAGGAUUUAGAACAACAAAGGGUUUCUUGUUAAUCAACCAAUCCUUUGUUGCUCUAAAUCCCUUUAUUUUCUUCAAUUAUUUUGAUUUUUCCAAUUGAUGCAUAUCAUUAAAGGUUAAGACUUUGGUCUUCUAAUACAAGAUGGAGUUGAUUGAAGAAGGUUUGUUGAUUUUGAAUAUGUGUGGUUUUCUUCCCCUCUUUUUUUUUCAGAUCUGUUUUCUUUUUUAUUUUCUUUUCAGACCUUAGUUUUUCAUAUCUUUUCCUUGAGUCUAGUUUUAAUUUGGGUUUGGGCCCAAAUCUCUCCUCGGCCCGCUCCAUUUUAGCUUCAUUUCGUGUAUAUAAACCCCACGCUCACCCUUCAAACCCGCAUCGAUCCCAAAAUCCCCAAUCACAGAAAAUCGAACUCCAAAAACCCUAAGGUACUCACAUGGCGUGCAAACUUCCGUCGAUCUCUGCUUCUGCGGUGACCGCCGCUGCUCUUGUUGCAGCAGCAGCAUCUCCGACUCUCGUUAUUCCAUCCGAUCUGCAUCCUGAUUUGAUUACGACUGAUGCUGAAGAUCAGUCCAUCUUGGAAUCGAUAGCACAAGAUGUUGUGGAUGUUGUUUUCGCCUGCAUUGCUGACGAAUCGGGAGAUGGAGAGCUUCGAUGUGUUUUACAUCUGAACUAUGAGAUUUUUGAGGCAGAAGAGAUCUAUGGACCUCCAGGAACUGGUAAGGUCUUUAGAGAUGAGGCAGUGGAGGUUACCGGUGUGCUCGAGGAUGUUACUAAUGUAGCAGAGGAGGCUGUAUCCUCUGGACAUGGUGAUUGCGAGGAAGCUGGUGACUUUUUUGACUGUUUCGAGGGUGUGGGAAUUGCUAUGAAGGAUGGGUUUGUGGAGGCUAGAAGGAGGAGCUUCUGAGCUUGUAGAUUCUAGCUCUUGCUUCCGCUCUAUUCCUUUUGUGCCUUUGAGUAGCUGUCCUAGUUCUCGAUGCUCGACAUUUCUUAUGAAAUUUUUUUGCAGAAACUUUUAGCUCUAUAUGUACUAAAAUGCUUGAUUUUAUGGAAUAGCUUUUGGGACAA